AUGUUUGGUCCAUUCAGAGGUACUCAGUUCCUGCAAGGCGGGUUGUUGUGGAAAGUUCCAUGGAGGAUGUCCGGUCCCCAGAAGUUCCGUCAAAGACAGAGGCUAAAGGCUGUUGAUGAUGUAGUGAAGAACCUAACACUUGGAUUGCACGUACAGCGCUGUCAGGAGAAAGGGUUGCAGUUUGAACAAGCACUGGAAGAACGCAAGUACAAGCCCAGAAGUGCCAUUAUGCGUCUGCUGAACAAAGCGUCGUUCUUCCCUAAGGAGUACCAGAUGUCAGCAAAGGACAAAUACACAGUGUUUGACAAGAAGAGCAGAGGCUACAGGAAAGGUAUACACAAGGUGCCAAAGUGGACUAAGAUUUCAGCUAGGCGCAACCCUCAAUUCUUUUAG